AUGUCCCGACAAAAAGUAUCAUUUAUCCUUGUUGCUCUUCUACUUGGACUGUUCACUCUAGUGGCUGUGACGUUUAACCAAGGCUUUUUCAAACAAGCCCUUACUACUGAUGUAAAAAUUUGUAAGUCACAACAGACCUGGUUGUUUUUAAGUCAAUCUCGCUUUCAGCAUGAUGACAGCGUUUUCAAUUGCUUGAAUAUGGCAGCGCAAAAUAGAUACAUCAUUGUGCUCAAAGAUGAUGCGACCCCAGAAGAUUUGGAAAAAUUUGAAGCACAUAUUAUUAACUCUGGAGGCAAGAUCGUUCAUAGAUACACGGAGGUUCUCAAGGGAUUUGCCGUCUCUAUGCCUGAAGACGUAGUUAUGACGAUGAAGGAUGACCCCAGCGUAGACUCCAUUGAACUCGAUCAGCCAGGUAAAAUGUUGAGCAUAAGACAAUAA